AUGGAGUUUGACCUUUUAUUUCGCAUAGUGGCUUGUUGUUUCCUUCAAUCUCUGGUUAUCUAUGGCUUUAAUAUCGAUAUUAAGAAACCUGUUAUCUUCUCUGGACCUAAGGGUAGUGAAUAUUUUGGAUAUUCUGUAGCUCUUCACUCACAAGGAAGCUUGUACUGGUAAGUGAAAGUUGUAUGUACUAACAUUUUAUGAAUUAUUAUAAAGCAUAACGUGCGUGAUUGUAGAGUAUGAUCCGGUCCAGUUGAGCCAACCCUCUGUACUAAAGCGGCUUCAAAGAAUAUUUAUUUUUCUCUGUUAUUUAAUUGCCUAACUUUACUUUACUUUACUUUAGAGUAUAACAAAUCAUUUUGAUAAGCCGUAUAUACUAAAUAUUCAUUCCUUGAUAUCCGUAAUACGAUAACUUUACAUUUUAAUGGUUAACAAAACACAUGAGCCUAAUAUUUGGGCGGCACACUUAUUAAAACUGUCAGACACAUUUAUACCAAAUGAACAGGGAAAUGAAAUGGUUUAAGAAUCCCAAAAAUGUCUGCUGAAAUGCAUUAAAUGCUGAAAAAAUAUUUCAUAUUCGCAUCGGUUUCAAAAUCUCCGUGUCAAAAGAGUAGUUGGCAUACAGUGUAAUUACAUCUCUCUGCUAAUGUCCAUAAAGGUCGUUUCUUAUUGUUGAUAGAAGCGAAGGCCAUUUAGGGCAACUACUUUAACACUUGGAUAAAAAAAACUGGAUAAACAUGAAGAGACCCUAGAAAUGGUGGUAUUGACAUCAUUAUCAAAAUCUCUGUGUCAAAGGGGUAGUUGGCAUACAGUGCAAUAUGUCUGGGCUGGGUUGUUCGAAGCUGGGUUAAGAUAACCCAGAGUUAGUGCGAAAUUUGAACUCAGAUAUGAGAGCUUAAAAAGCAAAUUCAGUUUCAUUCUCUUUACCUACAAUUUGAUGAUUGGAUACUCUAAAAAGAAUAGAGAAAAUUAUAUGAGAGAGUGAUUUUGAUAAAAAGAAAAAGAAUCCCAGGUUAAAAUUCAAUGCCGGGUUAGUGCUAACCGGCAUUUGAACAACUGGGCCCCGUCUGCUAAUGUCCAUAAAGGUCGUUUCUUAGUGCUGAUAGAAGCGAGUAGUGCCAUUUAAGGCAACUACUUUAACACUUGGAUAAACAACUGGAUAAACAUGAAGAGACCCCAGAAAUGGUGGUAUUGACAUCAUUAUUAGUCUCGUUUGCUUUAGCUGCGAGACUCAGAAAAUGCAAGCGUUUCUUGUUUUUUGGGUGUGUCUGUGCCGAAAGGGGCUCGUGGUCCCAGGCGUUCCUAGUGUAGACUGAGGAAACUGGGGAUAAGAAUUGUGACGUGUCACAGCGCCAUGCUUUAUUUUGUGAAGAAAUCUUACAUAGGAAGAAUUGAUGCGAAAGAUGUAGAGCUCUUCCUGAACGGGUCGGUCCACAAAUUCUAUUGUUUGAAAGCAUUGAUUACUUUGGAACAAGUGAUUACUUCAGUGAAAACUUUGAUGGUGAGGCUAUAAAAAUGAGUCUUUUGAUGAGCAUAAGGUUUGUUUUUCUGCGAUGAUUGAAAUGUUGCGCCAUGUUCAUCAUGUUUUUAGUCCCUGGCAAUGAUGUAAUUUCUCUCAAAGUGAUUUUCGUGUCUUACAUGCAUUCUCAAUCAUCAUCAAAUACGAUGCAAAAAGUAAAUAUCGUGAAGAAUACUUGACCAUCAAUAAAGAAGGAAGUGAAAAACUUUUAGCGAGUAAAUCCGGUUUCAUGUAGAAUUAAUUGCCUCAUCAUUUCUUAUCUGAUCUCCAAGCAAGCGAGACUUGACUCUUUUUUAACCCUUUAAACCCUAACAUCAAAAUUCAAAUUCUCAUUUGUUAUCCCUAUACGUUUUCAAUAGAAGAAGUGGGGAGAAUUUGUUGAAGUAUCAAUUAGAUUCAUCUUGUGUGAUCAUGUAUUUAGUUCUCAUGACCACUCUGUUUUGUAAAGCACUGAUAUUACAAGGAGAAAUUUGACGCUGAUCACUCUAAGGGCUUAAAGGGUUAAGAACAUUCCCGUUAUUGAGGCACUGCGCUAUGUAAACCUUCUUGAAAGUGAAUUUACGUCAUUUAACAUGAUAGGGGAAUCAGUUGGGUGGGGGAAGGGAAGGGGGUGGUUAUGCAUGUCCCUAACCAUUCAUUUUACUCAUUAGGGAGGAGGGGGAGGGGGCUUUUCAGGCCAGAACUUAACCUCGUUAUGAAAUGACUAGGAAUAUUUCGUUUUCACCCCUGGAUUGGAUGCCAGUCAGUCACAGGGUUACUGCCAGUAUUUAAGACGGAAUCCAUCAGGAAAUUGAGUAAUUUUAAUUUUCAGUGGAAAAAAAUCUUGUACCAGAAUAAUUUAAAGAAUAUUGCAUUCUUUUUUACAUUUUUCAAGGGCUAAAGAUGUAAUAAAUCAUCUGUAGUGACACCAAAGAAAAUUUCUCAUGGAAGUCCGAGAAAAUAAAUGUCAAAUUUCACAAGAAUUGUGAUCAUACAGGUAAAAUUCCAAAACGUUUAUGUGUGAGAUGUAAUUUUGUGAAAUUUGACUUUCAUUUUCUUGGCUUGGGUCAUGAAAAAUUUUUUUUGUUGUUAUUACAGAUGAUUUAUUACAUCUUUAGCCCUUGAAAAAUGUAAGAAAGAAUGCGAUAUGCUUUAAAUUAUUCUGGUACAAGAUUUUUGUCCACUGAAAAUCAAAAUUACUCAAUGUCCUGGUGGAUUCCGUCUUAAUUUGUUGAUACCUAGUUAUACACCUGGGUGGAGUAAGGCUUUGUGAGAGUGAAGUGUGUCACCCCAAAAGGCAACACAAUGUCCUUUGCAAUGCCUUCAAUGCAUCUAGAGGCAGUGUGGCUGAGUGGUUAGAGUGCUAGACUUGCAAUUCAGAGGGUCCAAGUUCAAGUCCUGCUCUGACCACUGGCUGGAUUUGUUCUUGGCAGUCCUGUGUUCAAAUUCUCGACUACAGUUGUAAAUAGCCAUUUUGCCCCCGGUCGGUUGGGAUUCUUACCCUUGUUAAGUUUGAUUGAGAUUUUGUUUCAGGUAUUUUCUUGGCACCAUUAGCAUUAGUGCUAUAAAAUAAGUGCCAUGGGUAAAUAAUGGAAAUUAUUAUUAUUGUUAUCUUGAUACAGAGUCCAAAGCACUGGUUUCUUGGUGUUUCAGAAACCAUUGUUGGUUCGCUUGGAUGGGUGGCUAUUUUGACGCUCUUCUCUCAGUUACAUGUUUGAGGAAAAAAUAUAAAUAAAUAAAUAAAUAAACCUUAACGAAAUAAAUAAUUAAAUAAAUGGAAAGUGUUAGGCUUGCAACUUCCCUUCGUCACUGAUUUAUCUUUUUUCAUGAAUGCUGAUUGAAGUGUAUAAUUUUCUCCUACAGGGUACUAGUUGGAGCUCCAAAAAGUAAUGGUACUGCUAGAACUGGAGGUGGAACUCUUGUAAGGUAUGGAGCAGCAUUCAGAUGUCGAUACCCUGGAGACAAACCAUGUGAUGAAGUUAUAAUUGAUAAAACACGUAAGUGUAGAACUUUAUUAGUUUUUAUACAGUACUUAAUCUGUAUGUAUCUCUGACAACUUCUGGUAAGCAAGGUAGGUGUGGCUCCUCUCUUGAACUGCUUGUGAAAUUAUCAGUUUUAAUGGUCAUAACCAAUCUGAGGAUAGAGAGCAAGGAAUGAGACAGCAUCAGUGUGCAUCUUCAGAUCCUGAGAGAUCUUUGGCAUAAAAGAAGAAGCCAGUUAUCAUGUCUAAAUGCUAUAGGGGAAGUGUCAGAGAUCUCUUGACUCGUACAUUAAUGAGUAUGAUUUCAUCAAUUUAGUCAAACCGGUCCGAGAAAGUGGGCUGCAGUGUUCUAAUAUUUUCUAUACUGGGCAUUUGACUGGUCCUAGCUACUCCUAUCCCAAGAAAUAGAGAGACAGAGAUAGAGAUGGCGCAUUCGCUCAACUGUAUUUGGGAAUAAGACUAAUAUACUAGCUCUAAAGUGGCUUCCUUGGCUUUCACUGCAUGAUACUAAAUCCAGAAAUCUGGCCUGAAAUAACCCUAUGCAAGAAUGUAGUUUUCAUUUCAAGUCUGUUAUUUUUUUGAGCUAUUUUGAAAAAAAUAGCUCAUAUGUCAGUGGUGUGAGCGUAUGUAUCUUUGUCGCUUUGUAUCUUUGUAUCUUUGUAACUUUGUACCUUUGUACCUUUGUAUGUUGGGAUGUUUGUUGCAAGAGCCAAGAAGGUUAAAGGUACUAUGAGCCGAUGCUUAGGAACCUAUGAGAUCUUGGCAUCUACUUAAACAUGACGUUGCUAAAGGUCGAACAAGGGCACUUUGAGACCGCCAUCUUAAUUCUUCACAAUUUUUUUGUCUUUUGUUACGGCUACAGGUGUUUGGAAACAUUAUAUUAAAUAUCUUCAUGAUUCAAAUGCUGUAUACAGUGAUGCAGCUGUCUAAGGGUUCAUAUUUUAGUGUGGAUGCUACUUCAAGACAUUUCUGACCGAAUUCGGCUAUCGCUAACGGUACUGACGCACGUAUUUAUAAAUUGUGUUUCACCUGCUUCAAGGUAGAGUAUAAAAGAUCGUAUAUUUUCAAAGCUCUUCCAGUGAAGCAAUAAUUGAUUUUUAGAUAUGGACUUUAAUUCGAAAGUAUGUCGCCUAUAAAAUGUGGUUUUACAGGUUUGAAAGGCAGCUUAUUUUUUGAAAGCUGUACCAAGUAUUGUUAAUCCUGUAAACAAGCUUUAGAAAUAUUAUUCUCUUGCUUACAAAGUUCAACAGACCUUUUUUUGUUCUGAAGAAGAUCAACAUCUUCACGUGCAAAUUGUGUGCUUGAGUUAUUUUUAUAAUUCUGUUUACUAGAUUACUGUGUGAUAACUCGAAUUCCCUCACAUACGAACAAAGAAAGGUGACAAAGUCCAACACUUUCACGUGCCAGUUGUGUGACUGUACAUCUCAUGCAGAUUGGCUUUUCACAAUAAUGAUGGUAACUCGCUUGAACGUAUGAAGACCUGUUUCGUUUUGUAACCAAUGCCUUAAAAAAGGCUCUUGUCUUUUAAAAGCAAUAGCUUUUAAAACGUGAAGAAAUCAAGACUUUAAAGUUAAAGACUGUUUCACUGAGAAGAAUGGCACGUGAAAACCUCGUGAAUUGUGACGAUGCAAUCAUCUACCACAAUGAUAAAAAUCCUGGUAUGUCUUGACUACUCGAAUUUGAUGAGUCACAUUUUGGCUUAAGAAAUUCCGAGGAAACCUUAGAGUUUUCCGUCUAAUCAACGUUUGGUGAGUAGAUAUUUAUUUAACUUUAACAAUUUGUUUAACUUGCACCAAAUGUAACAGGGAAAGACAGAGGAAAGUGAAUAUAUAGCAUGAGGAUCGACGCAGCUGCGCGUUCGCGUUUUCUUUUAUGUACGGCAAUACCCAAUUUCGCACUAAAACCCAGUCUACAUUUAAGACAAAAAAGGUAGAUUCAUCACACUUCGUAAGGUUACACUGAAGCAUUCAAAAUAGCUCAUGCACAUUUAACGUGCCUAUGUUUUUAUCUGGAAAUGACCCCUCAUCAAAAGUCAAAUGAGCUUUCACAUAGCUAGGCGGGAUACACAUGUAAGAAUGCAAUGCCUUCAAGGUGAUCCAUCCACCAUUUUGUUGUUUUUAGAUGGAGAGAGCUCAUUAUAUAAGCCACAGGUAACCCAAUUAAAAAGGAUGUCAAUUUGAACAAAGCAUCCCAGUAAAAAUCUUAUUCCACAGUGUACCCACCUAUGCUUUCUUUAACUGUCUGUACCCCGUGCUCUUGUUUUGGAACACCCUUUCUAGGUGGUUACUGUCUUUCGCAAGGAAAAACCAGAGCAUUUAUCUUAAUUCCCAUUUCUGGUAUGUCUUUCCCCUGGUUUUCACCUCCUCUUUGCAGUGAUUUUGUUACCUCUGUGUCCUGCGUCCCUGACGCAUAGAAAUCCCCAAAGACGCAAAACAAUUCAAAGAUUGAUCGAUUGAAUAACAUGUGUAUUUGCAGAAAUAUCCCAUUCAUGUAAUUUCUGUGGCAGUUAUUAUGGCAGUUGUUUAAUGAUGCAUAUUUCUUUUAGCCUUUGUUGUGCUUUUAAAAAGAAGUACUAAAUUUUAAUUUCAGUAUACUGCAAUACAGAGUUUUGGAGCUGUCUGUCUUCAGAUUAGCUGUCUGGUUACAUAAAGACCUAAGCAUUUUCAAUUUCGGACUCUUUUUUAUUUUUACUGGGACUCAUUGGUUCUGGACUGGGACUCACCAAAACUAUUUGUAACAAAAUCACUGUCUUUGGUGGUUUCUGUGUCUCCUUAGAAAAUAUAGUGUUUGCGCUAGAUACCACCUUGUCCUCUUGGUCUCAGCCUUUGUUUUUUUUUACCUGAAGAUUCCCUAGAUAUGGAUCACACAACAUCUGGUCUAUGAAAUUUAGUGUUAUCAUUAUUCAUGAGGUUGUCACGUGCAAAAUUACUUAAGGUGAUUCCCUAGUUUUGUACUGCGCAUCUCUUACUGCACAUAACAAGAUGGCCGCCAUAAAAGAGAGCAUGUGAAGUAACAUUAUUAAAAUGAAGUUGACUGAAGAGAAGUGCUAUUGGAAUUUUUGCUUCCGGUUGUUUCUUGCCAAGGUGAGACUCAAAGUGUUGGGAAUGUGCAUAACGUAAGUAGUACGCGUGUUGCUGUGUUCGACUUCCUCACGGAGAACCUCGAUAGUGGACGUUUAAAUUGUGCAUACUCACUUUGAUUUUCAUUUAAACGCUUUCUUUAUCACAUUGAGUCCUAAAUGUGAUAUCUCGAUGUAAAUUCUGUAAGAACGGAUUUUUAAAUACUUUCUUCCCUCUUUUACAUACAUUCUCUUUUGAAACUCGCCCCAGUCCUCUCUCAAAAAUCGGAGAAAAUGCAUUUGAUGCGCACUUUCUGCAACUCUACCCCAAAAACGAGAACGGUGACCCCCAUUUUUUAUUUCAUGAUUUUAAUAAGCACAGUGCUUCCUUUCGAUGAGAAAAAAAUUGGCACAAAUCUAUGUUCAGUUUUUUGGCAAUUUUACUAAAUUGUACGGAUUGAGCUAUCAUGGGUCGAAUAACGUGUGUCCAAUUUAAUUCUGCUUUGGAGCGUAAAGUAAAAACAGGGGCAUUAAAAGGCAUUUUUCUGAUACGUAAGUGGAUAAACAAUACAUUAAAGUCAAAUUCUGUGUGAUACCACAUGCAUCAUAGAAAAAAUCUCUCCUUUUUAUCUAGUUUUGGGCUGCGCGCGGUUUUUGCCAAAGGGUCCUAAAUAGCCGUAUUUGUCAGCAUUGUGACAUCAAAACAAGCACGGUGACCCCCACUUUUUAUUACUUUUUUAUCAUCCUCUUGACUUGUUACAGCAGUGUACCAAGUUUCAUCUACAUUCUAUGUUAGGUUCUUUUACUAGGGAAUCACCUUAAUGAACCAGUCUUUAACUCUGAUGACUUGAUUCUAAAAGUGUUGUAAGUUAUUGAUUCUUAAAAGAAAAGAGCCUUCACUUAAAGCACUAGUUACAAAACUACUGUGAAAAGCAAGUCUGCAUGAGAUAUACAGUCACAAGUUUGCACAUGAAAGUGUUGGAAUUUGCCCCUAGCGUGGUCCGUACAUGAGGGAAUUUGAGCUAUCACACAGUAAUCCAGUAAAAAAGGAUUAUUAGAAUAACUCAUGCACACAAUUUGCACAUGAAGGUGUUGGACUUUGUCCGUUUUACAGUUGAUACGUAAAAUAAUGCAAAUUGUUUGCUACAAAAUUUGCUCAAAUGAUUGUUCGAAAUUACCUCAGCUUUACAAUGUCUACAAUAAUUAAAUUAUGCUGAAUGCAAUGUUAAGGUUUAUAGCCUAACAUUUGAUUUCCUUCCAAGAAAAUCAUCAAACUGCCGAAAUGUAUUUCUAAUCACAUCAUGUUAUGCCACUCAAUAAAGCAAUAUGUAAUUAUUUUGUCAACUAGCUUCUUCUCAUUUAAUUCCCUGACAUUACUGUUUCUACUUGAGUGACGCAUCUUUACUAAAUAAAAUAUGUUUCAAGAACUAUAAUGACUUUUCAGCAGCCAGCGUGUUUCAUGUUGUUCUCCUAAUUCUUUUUUUUUUGGCUAGCACGAAAAAGGUCAGUUGAACUUUGUAAGCGAGAGAAGAGGCCCUGCCAAGGGGGGGUCCCAUGUCACAAGUCUGAAUUUUAAAACGUCUCGUGUCGGUGUUUAUAAAUGCUUGUCGCUUAUUGUCGGCUUUGCUGUCACUGUCACAAUUUGGGCGAGGAAGGUUGUCUCUUGUUGCGAUUUCAUUUUACGCAUUGUCGCUACUUUUUGGGCCAUGUCGCUUGUCGGAAUUUACCCUGGCAGGGCCUCAGAGAAUAAUUCUUGUUUACAGGAUUACCAAUACUUGCUUUGCCUUUCAGACUUCUAAAACCACAAUUUAAACUAUAUAGGUCGCAUACUCCAGAAUUAAAGUCCAUAUCUAGAUUUCAAUUAUUGUUUCAUUGGAGCAACUUUGAAAAAGAUAUGAUCUUUUCCACUCUACCUUGAAGCUGCUGAAACAGAACUCAAAUUAUGAAAUAUAUGCGUUAUACCAUUCACGAUAGCUGAAUUAGGUCAGAAAUGUCUUGAAGCAGCACCCACAUUCACUGUACUCAGCAUUUGAAUCAUAAAGAUAUUUCAAUGUUAUGCUUCUAAACACCUUUAGCCGUAAUAAAGGACAAAAAAAUGUGAAGAAUCAAGAUGGUGGUCUUAAAGUGCCCUUGUUUGACCUUAAGCCGAGUGAAUGUCAUAGUAGAUGCCAAAAUCUAAUAAUUGGUACCUAUGCAUCAACACAUAGUACCUUCAACCUUAUUGGCCCCUGCAACAAACAUCUGAACAUACAAAGAUACAAAGGCACAAAUAUACAUACGCUCAAACCACUGACAUAUGAGCUAUUUUUUCAAAAUAGCUCAAAAAGUAAUAGGAUUAUGAAGCAAAACAACAGUUUUGCACAAGCAUCAUGCUUUUUUGUACAUUUCUUUGCCAUCACUGCAUGACUAUGACGUGAAAAUACCUAGUUUCAUGUUUUAUGGAGGACAUAAACAAGCGACAACAAAUUUUUCUUUCUCUUUCUUAACUUGAGUGCGGUCCCCAAGAAAUCAACUCCAGGGAAUUUCCCCUACAUGUGACAUUUUCACUGAAUUGGAAUAAACAUGAUGUACAUAGUUUGAAAAACUGUGAAUUCAUUUUAAAAGUGAUGUUUUCGUCAUUGGUGCUAAAGCUCUAUAAUUUCAGGGGAAAGUGUGAGUUUGUUCUUGUUUUUGUUUUUUUUACAUUUCUUCUUUGUGAUCAUUUUUAGCGGCAGCUGAGAUAGACAUUGGCAACUCUAAGUAUAAAUCAGAAGAGAAGGAGGGUAUGUGGCUAGGAGCAGUGGUAACUAGCACCGGCAAGGAUGGCAAAGCAAUGGUAUGGACAAUGUAACAUAAAUGGUAAAAGAUGUUGUAAUGAGCAUGCUUCAAACUCACCUUUAUUCAAAGUUGCCUUUUGGUGACCUAAAAUCAUUUGUCAGGAGGUACAAAAAGAACUCUUUGGUCAUGUUCUUUUGGGGCUAACCUAGAGGAGGUUGGACAGCAGUUCGCAAAGGAUCAUGGGGUAAAUUAUCAAGGAGCUCAGUUACAAGAAAACUGUUGAGCUAGACGGAUCUCCAUGAUCCACAUCUUUUUGCAGAUUUAAGCCACAACAUUGUGCUAGAAUUCAUAGUAUUUUCACACGAAAGGCUUAUCUUAUCAAUCAUUUUAUAAAUUUCUCAUGGCUAAGUGGUUGAGGUGCCUUUAAAACAUCUUUUUUAGCAGCGUCGAAAGUUAGCCGGAUUUAAGACACCUUGCAAACAAAGCCAGCUGUAUCAACUAUGUUCAUUCACCUUUCCCAGACAGUGACAGUUAUUGCGAAUACACAUUCAACUGGCCAAUGAAGAAUUUGAAUGAUGGUGAGCUUAGACAACUGAGACAACUUUUAACCCUUUAAGCCCUAAGAGUGAUCAGCAUCAAAUUUCUCCUUGUAAUAUCAAUGCUUUGUAAAACAGAGUGGUCAUGAGAAUUAUGGACAUGAUCACACAAGAUGUAUUUGCUUGAUAUUUUAUCAACUUCUCCCCACUACUUCUAUAGGAAAUGAAUAGGGGCAACAAAUGAGAAUUUAAAUUUUGAUCUUAGGGUUUAAAGGGUUAAAGAACUGCACCUGUUGACCACCAUAAAAUCAGUUCAGCCGAAGCACAGACAUGCACUUAACACCUUACUAGUUUCUUCAAUAAUCAUUGAUAGUGGAACAUUUUAAAGUGGAGGGGCUAACUGACUGGAGAAGCUUAGGAGAGGGAGGCUAAGGCUAAAGCUCUCCCAGCCCCCUCCGCCUCACUGUCUAUGAUAAUAUCUUUCAGUUUAUCUAUACAAAGUAAUAAUGGAUACUUAGGUUAGCCAGGACUUGAAAAUCUGUGGUAUGCCUACUUGUUGCUCUCAAUACUAAAUAAUACAAGUUACAUGCAAACCAAAGUACCUGUAAAUGCUCACUAAAAGAGUCAAGUCCCACUCGGAAAUGUUUUACUGAUAGCUUCUUUUAUUUGGUCAGGAAAAGUACAGGAAAAUAACUUUUAUUUGUUUUCUCCCAAACAUUGCAAUUCUAUGUUAACACAAAGUAAGAGAUAAAAAUUUCAUUUGCCAACAGAGAAGCCUACCCAGAAGGCAAGGGUACAAAAGCCUGUAAUAUAUAAAUACCCAGGAGAGUAACAGAUCUGAUUAAAUUUUAUGGUCUUUUAGUAAGUAAUCUGGAAGUUAGAAUAAAAAAACUCAAACUCAAUUAAUUUGAUCUCUGCUACAAAAAUGUCAGUCAGGCAUGCAGUCAAAGAUUUAGUUUGGUACUUUAUAGGGUAGGACAACAACUGCUUUGAUUCUUUUCUUUUACUUCAUUUAUAAGCUGACAUUUUUAAUUCUCCUUCGUAACAGUUUUACUUCAUAAAAUGUAAAAAUAUGCACAACUCACCAAAUUUCAGGAGCAAUAUUAUUGUAUCAAACAAUAAUUCAGUUAUCUUUUGUUCAGGAUUUUUCUCUGCCCCUGUGCUUGUUAAUCUAGAAAGAAAAGAAAUCACAAAAAACAAUUGAUUAGCACUUUCCUCCAAUGUCUCAAACAAAAAAAAGCUUCAUAUGAUCAAGAAACAAAGAGGGUGCACUUUCACACUAACUUAAUGUUAUUGUUGUAGCCUUAUGAGAAAUGAAACGUGGUAAGAUAUGCUCCCAAAACAUAGCUCACAACGUAAUCCUGCUUUGAGCGGUGACACGGCUUAAUCUACAUGAAAAAACAAUAAACUGUACUCAAUAUUACAAAAACCAAAGUGAAAAACAUAUUAGAGCACAAAUAAGAAUCAUAGUGUCGAUUUACAGUGAGAAUGUUUUCCCACAUGAGGCCGACUGAAGUGUGGUUAAGUGUCAUACGUCGCAUCAUUUACCUCUGCACUUAACAUGCUUUAAAUGGAAAAUAACUCAGAAACUGUAGCAGGGGCGAUGGGGGGGGGACCAUACAAAGUUGAAGAUCAAUAUUUUUUCUUCAAAGUUUUGUGAAAAGUAGACCAGUUGAGACAAAGAAAUGCGAAAGAGUCCCAUUUCAAAUGUAUCACUCAAAAAAACCUAAAAGAGCAGCCAUUUUGGAUUGUCGAGCAAAGCACGAUGAAAAUAAUCCUUAAAAAUCAACUCACCUUGAAGAUUCUUGCAUCAAUACAAUCAUGAGGGUCCAGGUAAACCAGCAAAGGAAAUUCUUGACGAAUCGAUGAUGGAAAAUGAGGAAAAACGUGAAAUAAUUGAGCUAAAACUAUGUUUUGAAUUUUCAUCUCACGGUCUAUUGCAAGAUGGUUUUCCUCGAUCCAAAUUGCUCCUGUGAAUCUUUGCAAACUGCUAUCCAACCUCCUCUGCGGCCAACCCUUUCAACCAAAGCCAGUUUUGGUUGACAUGGAUGAAGUUCCCAAUAGGAUACUUUUCCAACCAUUUCUGGUUGAAAUGAGGUUGUGACCAGGUAUAGUCAUUUCCAAUUUUCCUUGACUUCAGGGAUACAGGAUAAGUACAGGAUAAGUAAGGUUUCUUAACGUUUAAGGGAAGGUUUCACUGUUCCGUGCAUGCUCAUUAAUCAAAAAACUGUUUUCUGCGGGGACAUGCUGUAUUGUCUAUGCAAGCAGAAUGAUCAUGUCAUAAUGUUGUCAAAGAACCAAUUUGCACACUCCCCUGGGAGUCACUUGAUCAACUUAUGUGCAAAUAACUGUAGAUUCAUCAACCAUGGAAUAAAAAAUUUAACAUUGGUAGUGUUGGCAUAAUCCACUAAUUUUUUCUGCGAUUUUAGUACUCCUCCAUCCUACUUCAGGUUACUCUGAAAUACAGUUCUACUUUGAAAUACACUCUGAGAUUGCUAAGAUACAUGUAAGUGGGAUUAUUAACCUAUAGAAUUAAUAAUAAAUUGAAAAAAGUAGUUUAAUCAAUGAGCAUGUACAGAACCGUGAACCUGUCCCUUUAACUGCGAGUUUAUUGGCCAUCAACCAAUUAGAAACUUUCUCAAGUUCACAGUUUAAGAUAUCUUGUGAUGAGAUCAGCAUUUGAGAAAAGGACAUUGGAGUUGUCAGCAAAUACUACUAAUUUAAGGAAACUUGAUGAAAGCUGAAUGUUAUCAAUAUACAAAAAAAAGUAAAAAGCCUAGGAUAGACCCCUGUGGGACACCACAUUUAACUCUCUUAUACUCGGAGGCCACGCUGUUACAUUCAACGUACUGUUUUAAGACCAAGACCCCUUAUACCAUAGUGUUCAAGUUACAUGGUUAACUGUGUCAAAAGCUUUAGACAAAUGUAAGAAAAUGCCAGUACAGUACUCUUUUUUCUCGUUAGACAAGAUCUCAUCAAUAAGCUGAAUGAGAGCUAAACUGGUAAAAUGUUGAGAUCUAAAACCAUACUUAUGUGAAAAUAAAAUAAUCUGUUUCUCAAUAAAAUCAAUUAGCCUAUUAUAAACUACGUUUUGAAAAAAAUUAGAGAAACAAGGCAAAAUUUGGCCUAUAAUUACAAAAUAGUGAAUGAUUGUCACUUUUAUAAACAGGAACAACUCUUGCAAUUUUGAUCGUGUCAGGGACUAUGCUACUAGUAUGCUAUACUAGUAGAAAUAGACAAGUAAAUUAAGGAGCAAAGUGGUACAGAUAAGAUUUUGACAAUGGAUUUAACAUCAGACAUUUUAUUUAUGUGGCUAAAUUUUUAUUGAGGCUGAGUUAACCUCGAGCCAAAGCCGCCAGUGGUGGUCCUGUAUUAGCAUGCGUGACAUGCAGGGUGGCUCAUUUGGGGUUUUCAGGGCUGCUAUCCUUUGCAUUAUUUUGCAAGCUUUUUUUGCUGAUCGUUACGGAUCACUUUUGCUUUGUGUUGGCAAAUCUUUGCGGAUUCCUUCUUCCCUCCCUGCUGUCAUGUGUGGGUGCGCACGUAAGUAUGUCACUUGGUAAGUAUGUUUUCCACUGAGUAUUUUCUCAGUGUGACGGUGCCAGUUAGCGGCUGCUGGCAGUGGUGGUUCCCGCUUCCAGGGUUGCCUGGUUACCUCCUUACCUUAUUUUUCGCAUCUGGCCUCCCCCGCUAACCUUUUAGGCCCUAGUUCUCAAGCUCAUCAAUUGGUGAUGACUUUAAUACCUGUUUAAGCCCCAAGAGUAAUCAACAUUGUUGCAAACUGUAGUAGGAAGUAUCAAAAAUUAUCAUAACUUCUAACCUGUACCUUUUUUACCUAGGCUUGUGCUCCCAGGUACGCUUUACGAACAGUUUCAUCUGACACAAUAAAUGAGUACUGGCCUCUUGGACAAUGUUUUGGGCUUGAGAGUGACCUUUAUGGAGCUACACCAAAAGAGAUAUUUAGUCCCUGUGAAACUGGUAACUGCAAAAUAAGUUCUAGAUUAGUAAUAAGCGUUAAGGAGUGCAGGCGAGCUUAAAAGGUUAAAACACUCUUGCUUCAAAUGCUGUGCUGUACAUAAUUUUUACAUGAUAGAAGGUCCAAAUGGAGUAAGGACACAGUGCAAGCCACGCAAAAACAGCAACAACAACAACAACAAAAAUUGAAAAGCAGUAAGACUCACAGAAAAAGAAACUCUAACUAUUGUAAAUGAGUGUUGAACUCUAAAAGUGCUUAACGCUGAUCCUUAAAUUAACGGUUGCCUAACCCAAGUCAGUUAACCCAUUCAUCACUUCAUAGUAUUUCAUCUACAUACUCAAAAGUUAGAAAGACAUACUAAAUAAAAUAAUAGUGCCAUGUGAAAGUACUGCUGAAGAGGUUUUAUUUGAAUGGUAAUUGCAUAGGAUUUCAUCCACAGACUCAAAAGUUAGAAAAACAUACUAAAUAAAUAGUACCAUGUGAAAGUACUGCUGAAGAGGUUUUGUUUGAAUGGUAACACCUUAGGAUUUCAUCCACAGACUCAAAAGUUAGAAAAACAUACUAAAUAAAUAGUACCAUGUGAAAGUACUGCUGAAGAGGUUUCAUUUGAAUGGUAACACCAUAGGAUUUCAUCCACAGACUCAAAAGUUAGAGCUACCUUCCACGGCUCCAUCAUUUACUCUGGGUGUGAACGAACUUAAUGUUUCUAUUGACCAUCGAUAUCUGGUCAUCUCGCCACCAAACUAUCUCUCCACCGAUGAAAUCGCCACCAGGAAUAGAAAUUAGCAUAACAUUGUUUUGAACCUUCAUGAACGGAAAUUUCUUAACCGUUACUUUAUUUUUAUAUUUCAAAGAAAUGACUAGUGGUUGUGAAACGUUUCUGCCAGUUUUGUAACCUCUCAAAUGUCAAAGUUUACAUUCACAGAACCUAUACAUGUAUUUAUUAAUUAUUGUUAUUUGCAUUAACAAGAGCUUACGACGUAAGGAAUGAUCUAUUAGGAUCGGCACAUUUGAAUUUGGAUCGACUUUAAAUUUGAAUAAGCUUGACGAAAAUCUUAGGUUAAGUAAUCCUAGGUUUUAAAACCUUGUCAAUUAUUUCAGAGCUAUUCAUUGGUGGCGAGUCGACUUCUUGGUAGCGCGAUAACCGUAAACCUAACCGUAUAAAAUUCCAUUUUUAGAGACAAAAAGUAACGUAAACUUUGGUUACUGUCAAGCCGGAUUCAGUGCAGAGUACACUACUCAUAAUGGACAAGAGUUUCUCAUCGGCGCCGUUGGAGCCAAAAGUUUUAAAGGCAAGCCUUUGGUUCAUUCCCUGUGAUAAAUACAAAUGUAGAUACCGUAAAAUUCCAAAAAUAAGCCCCGGGGCUUAUAUUAUUCAAACGCCCUUUUUAGGGGCUUAUUUUUGGAGGGGCUUAUAUUCGGAGGGGCUUAUCUACGGAGGGAAAUUUGCGUUUCAAAAUCGAUUGAGUUAGCCUUAUAGCUGGAAGAAAACUUACUGUUUUUGCUUUGUUUUACUUUGUAUUUGAGGGCGAUUUUCCAAGUACAAGCCCCCGGGGGGCUUAUAUUUGGAGGGGCGAUUUAACGGAGGAUUUUUCGCGUUACCGGUUUGGGGGGCUUAUAUUUGGAGGGGGUUAUACAUGGGGGGGCUUAUUUUCGGAGUUUUACGGUAGCUAAUUAAAAUAUAUUUUUGGACACACAAUUCAGCAUUUUGAAGAUAUGUUUCGGCGUGACUCGAGCCGUCAUCCUAGUAAAAAUUAGGGACCUUAAGAUCCGAAAACGGCGACGGCAACGAGAACCUCAAAAAAGUAAAAGAGGUUUAAUAACCAAGACAACAAUUUUGCGAGAGCGUGAAUUCACUUUUUCAGCGACGUUUUCGCUGCAGUCGCCGUCCUGGGAUCUUAAGGUCCCUAUUUAUUCCCUGCUUCGAUUUCUUCUUCUUAUAUACCCGUAGCCUGCGAAAACAUCAGUUUCUCCUCGCUCUUCGUAGCUGGGGACGUUUCGCGCGGAGGAACGUCUGCGACUCAGCGGCAGAAAUUCCAUACUGAUGACGCAAAUCAAUGUUUACAUAAUAAAUCCGGUAGUCAUGGGGUUUCAAAUAUAAAUUGGCCCGGUAAAUUGGUCCAAUUUUAUGUAUCCUCUGGUCGAUUUUGGUAAAGUGUUGUGUUCACCUGCUAAAGAGCUCCAGCAAAACUCAAAUACUUCUUCUAGAGAAGACUAUAAUCCACAAAUGUUGACUGUUUUGUCAGAGAUUCUUCACAUUUACAUUUGAUCUCUGUGGCCUUUUGUCUUUUGUCUGUCAAGACUGUCAUUCGUAAACAAUCGCUAAAACAAUGUAACUUCUCUGUCGACCAACCAGCGCUUCUGACCGGAUUCCGGACAGAUUUUACGUCGUCUGGAUGAAAUUUCUGUCGCUGAAUCGCAGAUAGCCUGCGUAGCUGGCGGUAUUGUGUAGUAGUCGAGUGAGAUUUGACGGCGGAGCCGUCACGAGCGGCCACACAAUACCACACAAUACCCACACAAUACCGCCAGCUACGCAGGCUAAGUCGCAGACAUUCCUCCGCGCGAAACGUCCCCAGCGGCGAAGAGCGAAGAGAAACGGAUGUUUUCGCAGGCUAAUAUACCCGAAGACCGAAGAUGAUACAAAAAAUUUCUUAUUGGAUUACAAAGACAGAUACAAUUUAUUUGAAAAUCAUGACAAAGUUAAGCAUCAUCACAGGGCUUGAAAAAAGUCCCGUCCGACCGUUAGUCUGGGACAUGUAGAAUUUCUUGCAGGGCAAGUACUUGUAACUUUUAAGGUGGCUCGGUGGGGUUUUCCAGGGUCAAUACCUCCCAUGUUUGAGCAUAAGCUAGGUCGUCAUUAACAAGAGUGGAAACAUUACCAACACCCUGACCACCACAGCUUUAUCAGAUUAAGAAGAACAUUUGUUAUUGUCAGGGUUACAGUGACAUCAGAGUUUUCAUAGCAACGAAUUGACGCCAUUAUCUAUUUUACUUGCAGCCGUAUUUCUCGGCACUGGGAACUGUCCUUCCAAAAUCGUUUACGGGAGCUUUUUCCUCCAAUAGCUGCCUCGAUGUUCGUGAAGUUUAAGCAAAAUCUAUGAGAGCGGUAUCGAGAUAUUUUGGGAUGAAGUUUUUAUGAUCAGAAAUACGGUAAAAACUAGACAAUCUUGAUGGCCUUUUCGGGGAUGUGCCGCUGGAAAGGGUAUGGUUUUUGUCGCCUCCGUUCUAAACAGACUAUUUAUUUUGCGCGAGUCUGUCCUAAACAGGGUAUAUAAUUUUGUGUGAGUGUGUCAGUGAGUCUGUCCUAAUUACAGUCAAAUCUCGCCUUGAGGACAACUCGCUAUAACGGACACCCCGAUAAAACGGACAGCAGCUAAAUCCCCGGUAAAAGCAAAUCACAGACGUUUGACUGAAAUAAAUUUCCGCUAUUACGGACUCUCGCUAAAGAGGACACUAACUCGAGGUCCAAAAAGGAAUGAUUAUAACGUAAAUUUGCUCUAUUGCAAUUGCCAAAAAAAGGGGGGGAGAAUUUUGUCUCUGGUCCUGUCCUGAACAGGGUAAUUAAGUCGAAGGUGUUACAAGUUUCAAACCCUCAGUGGCUCAUUGGUCGAAUACCCCCACCCCCUGGUCUUCAGUAUGUCUGGGUUGAGCUCGCUGAAAUAAGUUUAAAUGUUAUACUAUUGUGAGUUAAUCACUCUGAAUUUCUCCUCAGGUGUACUGUUUUUCAAAGAACCAAGUAACCAAGAGUAUUUCAGAUCUGUGGUAGAUCAACUUCAUGAUUCAAACUACAUGGGUGAGUCUUAA